AUGACAAUCGAUGAAAAGCCCUAUGCAAAUAACCGUCAGUUUAUUAAUAGUGUGUAAUAAUUUGAUUCUGAUUUUGUGCAUUAAACGUUUUUUUAAGAUAACCUCAAAAUGUCUUUAGAUGUAAAGCAAAUUUUAAAUUUUCCUCAGGGAUGUAUUGAAUACAUUCCUCAAUUUGAAAAUGAAACAAUGUCUAGCAAUGAUUUGGACAUAUUAGGUGGUAUACUACAUGAUACACGACAUGUAUGGCAUGCUAAGGGUCCUACAUUGGAAGUUAGAAAUACAAAAACGGGUUCAAAAGUAGGCGCUUGGGUUUUUGGUGGUAUAUUGAAAGAUUCCAACACUACAAUUACAUGUGUUGAGGAAAUACCAAGACCCAAUGGCCGGAUUUCACUUUUAGCUGUUGGGAUUGAUUGUACUAUAAGUGGUGGAAUUAUUUGCAUCUUUGAUAUUUUUAGUUCAAAAGUUUUAAGAGCAAUACAAGUAAAAGACAAGAUUUCAUAUUUACAUGUAAUAGAUCCUGGUAUCAAAGACUUAAAUUUAUCAGGACCACUGAGAAAUUUUGAUGGCAUACUGGCUGUAGGAUUGGAUGGAGGAGAUGUAAUUAUUGUUGAUGUAUGUAGGCAGAUUUGUGAGGAGCCUUUACACUCAAUUUCAAAGAGGGAUGAACUUAACCCUUCUCAGCUAUUCAUUUUGACUUUAAGACAUAUACCCAAAGUUGAACAAUAUAAAGAAGGAUGUGUGAGGGAUGGUAAUCAUCUUGCCAUUCAUCUAAAUGCUGUCUUUAAUAGUACUACUGAACAUUUUGUACUCAAAGGGCCUAAAGGUGAUGAUAGAAUUCAUGUGAAUAGAGCAGAAGUUGUAACCAGUGCACUCCAUUACUGCUCUCAAUUAACAUCUCUCCUAGUUGGUUAUAAUUUUGGAGCGUUUCAACUAUGGGACUUAACAACUCUAAAAUUAGUUUAUACCUCACCCAUAUGUGAAGAGCAUAUUCCCAUAACCAGAUUUGCACUGCAAGAGCCCACAGAUGAUCCUAGAGCAUUUUGCUAUGUUUGGGUUGCUUUUGGUAACUCUGAAUUAUACCAAACUGGAUUACCUUAUGCAGUAAUGUAUUCCCUAUGUUAUGAAACGAAGGAGUACCAGGAGGGAUACGGAUAUGUAUACCAGGAUUUUCAUUAUUGCACUAUAAGAUUUCAAAUUCAAUUGGGACAAUUAGAAGAGAACAGGUGGGGAAUCUGCAAACAGACGUCGGAGGUAAACAUUUCCAACAGUGCUGACCUCCUUGGACCUCCAAUCACCUCCAAUUUAUCAAAACAGUUCCGUAAAUUAAGUAAUUAGCAAUAAAAUAAAUUC